GAUAAUUGAGUUGGCUAUCUUUGUGGUAUCAAUUGUACAAGUUCGUGAAGAGGGCUGGACGAGUCGAAUGAGGGAAAUCGACUUGAUCGACAAAAAAGAAGAGUAGCCUCCCUAGAACCUGGCAAAGUCAUUAUCAAUGAAUUCCCAAGCAAUUCUCAACCAACAUAUGCUAUUCAUUCCUGUAAAGAUUAUAACACACAAGAAGACCCCUUGCCGCUCCGUGGGGAGAGGGAUGAGUGAUACAUCUGGCGAGCGCCGGUGAAGAAUGCAAGCAAACAUCCUUGGGUGGUUGGAAUUUGCAAAAUGGUUGCCAUUCCAGUCCUUGGUCAACUAGCUGAUGAGUACGGGCGUAAACCUCUACUCCUUUUAAUCGUAUCUACUGCUAUUUUUCCCAGUGCUAUAUUGGCUAUAGACAAGUCAAAAGGAUUCGUCUAUGCUUAUUAUGUGCUGCGGAUGAUUUCUCAUAUCAUGAGUCAAGGAAGUAUUUUCUGCAUUUCUGCUGCUUAUGCUGCAGAUAUUCUUGAUGGUAGAAGCAGGGCUGCAGCUUUCGGUUGGAUGCACGGAAUUUUAUCUUUAUCGCAUGUUUUGGGAAACUUUCUUGCUCGUUUACUUCCUGGAACCUACAUAUUCGAGGUUUCGGUGGCACUUUUGAUCAUUGCUCCAAUGUACAUGAUAAUCUUUCUUACCGAGACAGUUAAGCUAACUCCAAACCUUAACCAGCAUUUACGUUGGUCAAGCAAAGCAUACAAACUUGUUCAGGAUCGAUAUAGCUCAAUGAGAUACGCAUUACACGUGGUAACAAGCAGUUCAACUCUCAAGUGUAUUUGUCUUGUUUCGUUCUUCUAUGACAUGGGAAUGUCUGGUAUCAGCAGUGUGUUAAUGUACUAUCUGAAGUCAGCAUUUGAUUUCAACAAAAACCAAUUCUCGGAAAUUCUGAUGAUGGUGGGAGUAGGUUCAAUUAUCACUCAGAUGCUGGUUUUUCCUCUAGUCAACCCAUUAGUUGGAGAAAGAGUGGUACUCAGAAUAGCCUUGCUAGCAUCAAUCACAUAUGCAUUGCUUUACGGCUUGGCAUGGGCAUCGUGGGUGCCUUACUUUGGUGCUUUAUUUCGGAUGGUUUAUAUACUAGAGCGCCCUUCUACUAAUGCUAUUGUAUCUAAAGCAUCAAGCUCAUCUGAUCAGGGCAAAACUCAAGGAUUAGUUGCUGGUGCAGAAGCAAUUGGAAGUUUUCUAGCCCCUCUUGUAAUGAGUCCAUUGACCUCUUGGUUCUUGUCUAGCAAUGCACCUUUCAACUGCAAAGGUUUCAGCUUGAUCUGUGCAGCUUUUGCUUUGGCGAUGGCAUUUUAUUUUGCUUGGAUACUACCAGAAGCACCAUCAACACAAGAAGAAAAUGGAGAAAGUGUGGAAGCGCCGCUUCUAGCAUAAAUAUAAUACAACUUUUUCUGUUAUAUAUACAUAUGAACUGAUGAAUUCUGUUGACAUAAGUGAAGAUUGUAUAGUCGAGUGACAAAUGAGAAAAUUGCUUUAGGUCACAUGCUAGGAUUUGAGAUGUGACAUUUUAACUAGUGCAUUUUUAUUUUUUGAGCAUGUUAUGAAAAUUUCUGGCUCGGCCACAGAUGAUAGGUACAUAAUUAAUAUUGUAAAUGUUCUGUACCUUGUGUAUUUCUAUUAAAACUGUUUGGAUUGAAAUGAAA